UGUGGAGUUCAGAAAUGGCUCUAAUUAGAUGGCUUGUCCACUCAGCUUGCCAUGUUUUGGGGUACACCAAAGAAGAACAAUGCAAGCAAAAUAUCAUUGGAAUAUCAGAGGUCAAGUGCCUUGGUUCUUCUUCUUCUUCUUGUUCAGGGUUUCAAAUGCCACUUCACUAUCCACGCUACACCAAAGCAGAGUAUGAGAGCAUGGAGGAAUGGAAGCUGGACUUGCUGCUUAACCAGUAUGGAUUAUUAAGUUUCAAGGGAAACAGCCUUCAUGAUAAGAGAGCUUUUGCUAUGGGAGCAUUCUUGUGGCCAGAUCAAUACUAAUUAUGAUUAAUUGAAUUAGAAUAGCUUUAAUUUAUGCUAUAUGCUAAUAGAUGUACAAGUUUUGUACUUGAACGUGGUAUGUUAGAUAUAUAGAUAAAACAGUAAAGUGUGAAAGAGUUUAUGUGUGUAUUUACUUCUCUAUGUAAUGAACUAGAUAGUGACCCGUGCGAUGCACGGUUGCUAUUUUUUAAUUACAAUCAGUAAUUUGUUAUGAAUAUAAAUUAAAUACUAUUUAAUAGUUAUAUUAAACUAUUUUGAAAUCUAGUGUAUGAAAACAUAUUUUCCUCAACAAUAUCUAUUUCAAAUUUAAUUUUCCACAAUACAUGUGUGUCAUAAUUGUUUGUUAUUUAAAAUAUGUGAUUACAAAUUUAGAACUAUGUUUUUUAAAAAUAAAUUCCACUGCUUAAUAAUGUCUUUACUUUUGUUUGAGUAUAAUAUGAAAAUACUAUAUAUGUUUUGUUGUUCAGGAUAAAAUGGUUAACAAUAACGUUUUAAAUUGGAUUUAGAAAGAUGUGAUAGCUGGUAUUGUAUAUGGAGUACGUCAACCUCAUUGAUUCUUAUUAUAAAUACAUCAAACUAAAUCUGCUACUCCACUAUUUCUUAAUAUGAGUUAAAAAAAUAAUUUUUAAAUAUACCAUUAAUAAUUGUCUUAGCUGUUAAACAUAAUCAUUUUAUCUCACAAGAAACACAAUCAUUUCUCUUCUCAUCUAUGAGUCAGAGAUAAUGUCAAAACUCCUUUGUUAGUUUGAUGAACGAAUUCGUCGCACAUCAUUCUCAAUGAAAAUGUGGUGAUAUUGAAAAUUUUAAGAAUGUUACCAAAUUCUUUGUUUCUCUAUAAUGUCAACUACAAUACUAAGUAGAAAGAGCAAACAUGAAGCACCAGAUAUUUAUCUCUUCUUCCAUAUCAAUAUAUCUAUAGUCAAAAUACUCGAAAGCGUAACAAAAAGAACAACACAACAGAUGGGGGAAGGGCUAAAUCAGUCCAGCAAUAUCUGUUAUAUACUUAUAUUAUAAGGGCUCCAUAAACAUAAAGAUUAACUACCACACGUCUAAUAAAACUCAUGGCUUUGUGAUUCUAUAUUGCAGACCAAACUUCAUAGCCAACAAUUCAGUGCACGUAAUAAGUCAUUCCAAUUUACUAACCCCAAAAUGACAAGUAGCCUAUCUGGAGUCCUAUUCAUUUGUAUGGACCUGGAAAAAGAAAUUACAACUUUGCUUUCAUUUGUGCAAAGGAAGAAAACCAGUGCACUAAAGUUUUCAAGCUUUCCCAUGCAAUAGGAUUUCUAAAUCAUUUAGUAAUGAAGGAAAUGAUAUUCAAAGUAAUAAAGACAACAAUUGGCCAAUUAGACAGACAUAAGGAGAAGCAUCAUUAAGAUACAUCAGUACUUCUUGAAAGAGUAUCUCAAAAUUCACCAGGGCAAAAUGGUAGCACGUCAACCUGCAAUACAGAAAGAUGAGGCUGAAGUAAAAAUUAUAGUUUUAUGCAUGAUAAAUAAGAUUAUUUAAGUAGCACUAUAGUGGUUGGAUAUAUGCCUGCAACUUGUAUGAAAAAUUACAUUCCUCUGAAUCAAAUAUAAUGAAUGAAGUCAAUGAAUCAAAUAAACAGAGCAUAGAAUAUAAGAGAUAAAUUUGAAAGAUGUUGUUGAAAAGACUAAGCUUCAAAUUGAUUUUAUAGUUUUAUACAUAUGCAACUAUAUAAAAUGUGUUCAGGAAAGAGGUAAGAGGCAAACCUGAUAUAAAAUGUGCAUCCAAUUAGCACCUCGAGGACUGACAACAUGUUCCAAAACUUUAGCACAUUUUUCGAACUUCAUUAAAACUAAAUUAGUAUCACAUGGAAAAAAACUGCACAUGAAAACCAUUUUCAGUACCAUGCAUAUAUGAGUACUAACUUUUCUAAUAUAUUUAGCUUAUUGACUCCACUUUGACAUCUCAAACACAGCUAUAAAAAGUUCAAAAGAGUAUAGACCAUGUCAAAGAUGUCCAACAGAACAACAUAAAUGACAUAAAUUUAUAGUCACAUACUCACAUAGGCAAACAACAAAUAAGCUUGAAACCAAUGAGCAUAUGUGCAUUAAAAUGCAUUUAAUUCCUUAAAGUCCUAAAUCCAAUUAACUUAACUGCUUUCUUAAAUUCUUCAGUUCCUUGGUCAGAGUUUUUGACAACCUUGGCCGCAAUUUCUUGUUUUUAUGCUAAUCUGUAUUGGUCUAGCCAUAAUCACUGCCAUUAGUCUGGGCAUGUUAUGUGUGCUUUGUGAUUUUGAAUUAUGAUGGCAGCUAUAAAAACAACUUACCCUAUGAACAACAUAUAAUUUAAAGACCAAAACUGUUCAAUUUCACUCAGUUCUCGAGCAUCUCUCCAGCUAGAAGACUUUAAUGAUGUUAUUUGAAGAAAAUAUUAAGUUUUAUGACUGUCAAAUUACAUUAAACAUAUACUUGGGUUUUUAAGAGAUAGGCAUACAGAAAGAAAAAGGACUAAAAAACUGUAACAUAAAACUGAUAAGAUUAAAAUUAUUGUUCACAUAGCUUCUUCAUAGUUUGUCAGUUGUUAGCUACAGAGUAUCGACAAUAUGGAAAAUAACUUAGCAACCACACAAUUAAAAAGUUGACUAAACUUGAUCAAAGAGACUAAAGUUGAAAUUCUGGAAUAAAGCUUAUGUGAUAACAUGAGAUUAUACUGAUAAUUCGCCUAAACCUUUGAAGUCUAUAUAAUCAUUUCACCUCAUUGUCAUCAUUCCAUUCUAUGCCUAUUAAUAAUUUGCUUUCAGAAUGCUCUGGGCUCUAACUCUUUCUUCCUUAGAAUAUAAAUCCAGCCAAGAUUCAAAGUUGCUCAUUUGCUAUCAGUUGGCACUUCCAUUGGUAAAAUCAUACAUCUGACUUCUAGUAAAAACUCUAUAUACCAAAGCUGGUUCAAUAGUUUAUUGGUGUUACUCUUGCACAAAUAAGGAAAGGAAUAAUACCAAGUAAGCAUCAAGAUGU